UCAAAUUUUCUUUUCUUAAGGCUGGACUGCACUACAUGAAGCAAGUUUAGAAGGCCAUUACUGGAUAGCAAAGGAGCUUUUGAAAGCAGGAGCUGAUGUCAAUGCUAGAGGACAUGAACAAAUAACACCAUUGCAAGAUGCAGUUAAAGAAGGCCAUUAUAAGGUAGCAGCAUUAUUACUCCAUUAUGGAGCUGAUCCCUUAUUAAAAAAUGAGAUGGGAAGGAGUGCGUUAGAUGAAGCUUCUGACCUGUGCAUGGAGAGACUGUUAAAACGCCACCUAGCAGGAUAUGAAAGAGAUUCAGUAUCAGGUGGAGGUGGUGCAGAGAAUACAUUAAGUGCUCAAAGCACAGAGGAUAGAAACCUGCACCAGGGUUUCUUACAAAUAGAUGAGUCAGAACUAGCGUGUGCAAAUCUUACUGACUCAGGCAGGGCAGACGUAAUGCAACAGACUAUUGAAAAUGAGGUGCAAAACACUUAUGCUAAUAUAUUGGAUGAUGGAACCAGCUGCAUGGAAUGCACUCUUAAAGUAAAUACAGAAACACUUCUAGAGCGUGAGCUUUUAGCAACUACUAGUGAAGUGAGUUCUUCUGGAAGUCCUUCUAAUUCUACUGAUGGUGUACUGAACAACAGUGAGCAAAAGGCUCUACAACCAGAAACAAGAGUGGAAAUCCUGCUUAAUACAGAACAAAGCACUGGAACAUGUCACAUGAAGGAAACUAAAGAUGCUCAUAGUUCAGAGAUACUGUUCAGAGCUUUACAAUUCCAUGACAAGAAAAUAUGUCAAAUUAAAUGGAAGAGACAAGAUCUUAAGGACACCAACUCAAAGUCAGAUAAAGGAAGAUUCGCUGGAAUGGGUGGAACAGAAGGCACAGAAAAGAAUAAAGAAGGAAGUGAAAAGAGCAAUUUGCUCUUACAGUUCUCUGAAGGAGAAGUCCAAGUGAAGAGAUUAAGGCUAGACCCACAAGAGACAAGACAAAAGACAGACUUGUGUUGUAGUGUAAGGAUAAAAAAGCUUUCAUCUACUCAUUCAAAAUUCAAUCAAGGAUCAGCAGAGCAAACAAUUAAGAAAUCAGUUGAGACAAAGAAGAGAAAGAAGAAAAGUGCAAAAGGAGAAACUGAGCUGCAUGUUGCUGCUAGGAGGGGAAAUUUAUCUUUGGUGAAAAGUCUGAUAUCGUCUGGAAUUCCUGUAAAUGAACAGGACAAUGCAGGUUGGACAGCAAUUCAUGAAGCUUCUGCUGGUGGAUUUACUGAAGUGAUCUCAGAAUUACUGAAAGCUGGUGCUGAUGUUAACAGCAGAGGUCUGGAUGGUAUUUUGCCCAUACACGAUGCUGUUUAUAUCAAUUCUUUGGAGGCAGCCAGGAUUCUACUGCAGCAUGGAGCAAACCCAUGUGAGAGGAAUGAUUCUGGGAAAAGUGCUUUGGAUGAAGCUUGUGAUGAUGAAAUGAAAGAACUGCUGAUGUCUUAUUGUUCUGUCGAAUAUGUACUUCCUAUUGAAACUAGUGACAUUACAGUGAUGGUGACAGAGCACCAGAACAGGCUACCUAGAGAGGCUGUGGAGUUUUCUUCUUGGGAGAUAUUCAGUACCCAUGUGGACACCUGCUCAUGCAGCUAG